UUGUGAUCUCUGCAAAAUUCAAAUAAAGUGAGACGCCUAAACUCCAAGCUCCUUUAAUAGCGCGUAAAAUCACAGGCAACCAUGAAAUUCUCUCUAUUGAAAUGAAUAAACAACAACUUCCUCAUAAAAAAUGACAUUAACCCAAUUCAUAUCUCUGGAAAUUCCUCAAGCCCCACCUCCAAUCUCCUGUAAUGGCGCUCCAAAGGUACAAUUACAGACACAUUUAUCAUCUCUGGAAAUUCCUCGAAAUCGACCUGGAAGUUCCUCUAAUGGCGUAGAGCAAGCUUGCAGGCACCUCUGCGAUCUCCUCCGCUCCUUCAUUCCCACGAAAAAUAUCUGUAAAGGCUUUCAAAUCCAUGCCAUCUCCAUUAAAAUUGGCUUCUUCUCUUUCCCUCUCUUCACGAACCAUCUCCUCAACCUCUAUGCCAAGUGUUCCUUUAUCAACGAAGCCACCCUCCUAUUUAAAACUGCUCCUGUUAAAACCCAAGCUACAUUUUCCUCUAUAAUCUCGGCUCUUGCACAAAACCAGCUCCAUUUUGAAGCAAUUUAUCACUUCAAAUCCAUGCUUCUCCAUGGCCAUAGACCCACUGAGUUCAGUCUCCCUUGUGCUAUUACAGCUGCUGGUUCGGCCCAAUAUGAGCUCACAGCUCGGGCCCUCCAUGCUCUCUCCGUCAAGUCUGGGCUUGAUGGUGUUGUGUAUGUGGGUAGUGCAUUGGUUGAUAUGUAUGCUAAGCUUGGUGAUAUCUUCUGUGCAUGCAAAAUGUUCGAUGAAAUGCCUGAGAGAAAUGUGGUGACUUGGGGUGGUUUGAUUAGUGGACUUGUGUACGGGGGAUUGUGUACGGAGGCUGUAUGUGCAUUCAAGAGGGCCUUGGAAGAGGGGGUGGGGGUGAAUGAGUCGGUGUUGUCAAGUGUUAUGCGUGGUUGUGGUGGUGUAGGGUGCUUGGGACUGGGUGAAGCAGUGCAUGGUGUGUGCGUGAAGGUGGGUGUGGAGGGUUCAAGUUUUGUAGAGAGCGCGAUUAUUGGUAUGUAUGCGAGGUGUGGGGUGGUGAAGGAGGCUGAGAGGGUGUUCAGAGAGAUGAGAGAGAAGAGUUUGGGUGCGUGGAAUGCGGUGAUUGCAGCGUGCUCUCAACAUGGGCUUAGUGCGAGAGCUUUCGAGCUCUUUGAGGAGAUGCAGGCCUCAGGCUUCCAACCAAACUUCAUCACUUUCCUCUGCAUCCUGUCUGUGUGCAGCCGGUCAGGCCUUGUCGAUAAGGCCGAGUCGUACUUCAGCCUCAUGCUCCACAAGCACCACAUCGAGCCCCUCUCUGCCCACUAUACAUGCAUGGUCGACGCUUUAGGCCGGGCUGGCAGGCUCUUAGAGGCCAAAGGCUUCAUUGAGAAAAUGCCGCUCGAGCCCUGUGAGUCUGUCUGGGGUGCCCUCCUCGGUGCCAGCCGCAUGCAUGGGGACAUACACAUGGCUUCCUUUGCCGCAGAGCACCUCUUCAAGACAGGUUCCAAAAGGUCAGGGGCAUAUGUGCUUCUUGUGAACACGUAUGCUGAUGCUGGUCUAUUGCAUGAGGCAGCAGAGGCACGAAAGGCAAUGAGAGACAGAGGGGUUAAGAAAGAGGCUGGCCUCAGUUGGGUUGAGCUUGGACAACAGGUUCAUUCAUUUGUUGCGGCUGAUAGGUCCCAUGCUCGCUCAGAUGAGAUAUACACAAAGCUCUCGGAGAUUCAGGUGGCAAUGGAGAGGACAAGAUUGAUGACUUCUAUGGAAAAGGCUGAGGAUAUAGAGACAGAGAUUGAGGGGAUACAGAGGGGGGCAGACUUCCAUAGUGAGAGACUGGCAGUGGCUUUCGGGCUUAUUAGUGUUGAGGGAGGGCGGCCGAUACGGGUGAUGAAGAACCUGAGAGUGUGCACGGAGUGCCAUGAGGCAAUCAAGUUCGUAUCAGGGUAUGCUGGGAGGGAAAUUGUGCUUAGAGAUACAAACCGAUUUCACCAUUUCAAGGACGGGGUGUGCUCCUGUGGUGAUUACUGGUAAAAAGGAGGUUUCUUACAUAUAUACCUCUGCAUGGAUAUUUGUUCACAGAGAGAGCUCAUAAAGAUUGGUAAAAAGGAGGUUUCUUACAUAUGAGCUCAUAUAGAUAAUAAUAGGACAGGGUGUGCUCCUGUGGUGAUUACUGGUAAAAAGGAGGUUUCUUACAUAUAUGCCUCUGCAUGGAUAUUUGUUCACAGAGAGAGCUCAUAUAGAUAAUAAUAGGACCUUUUUGCACACCCAUGUGCAUGCAGCAUACACCUGGGGGGAGGGGGUGGGAGGGUUGGGCAUGCCCUGGUAGAGAGAGAGGAUAAAAAAGGGCCUUGCAUGCACAAUGGAUGCUUCUGCAUCGCAUGCAGAGGGGUGAGAGUAUAAUAUGACAAAUGUAUAUAGAAGAGGGAUAGAGAGAGAAGGAAGGCCUUAGAAAAAUUCCUGCAAACUGAUACAUGCAGACACUCAUAGGAAAGGCAGGGGGAUCAGAUUGGCAGCAGAGAUGCAGGCAGAGAGAAGCAAGGUUCAGGGGUGAAAAAGCAAGAGCUUCAGGGUGAAUUUUGAUUGUCAGAAGGGACUACCCGAGGCCUGAUGACCCAUCUCGCUCCUAUCCUACAGCUGGGUGACAUCGAUUCCUGUUUCUUUUUGCUGUUGCCAUGUGGAACAGAAGUGAUGUUGUUCCUAUUGGUUUUUUUUAUAGGGUAUAGAGAGAGGGAGAGAGACAGCGAGAGAGGGGAGAGAGAUCUUACAGAGAAAUAUUUUUCAGUUGUUUAUGAUUGAAUUAUGAAAUUUUCAUUUGUUUUC